AUGGCCUCUCCCAAAAACAAGCGAGAAGUACAAAGGUUGAUCGGGAGGGUCGCAGCACUCGAUAGGUUCAUAUCCCGCUCAACGGACAAGUGCUUACCUUUCUACGAUAUCUUGCGGGGGAACAAAAGAUUCGAGUGGUCGGACGAAUGCGAAGACGCAUUCAAACAACGAAAGCAUUAUCUGGCGACUCCUCCAGUCCUCGCAAAACCCGUGGAAGGGGAACCUUUAUUCCUAUACAUAGCAGUAUCGGCAACAGCCGUUAGCGGCGUCCUGAUUUGGGAAGAACUAUCCUCUGAUGGAAAAAUAGCAUACGCAGUCGUAACAUCAGCACGGAAGCUGCGGCCAUAUUUUCAAUCCCACACCAUCGUCAUCCUCACGACUUUCCCCAUCCGAACUAUCUUGCAUAGUCCAAGCCAGUCGGAAAGGCUAGCCAAAUGGGCCGUCGAACUCAGCGAGUACGAUAUAGAUUAUUGUCUCAGGACGAGUGCGAAGUCUCAAGUACUCGCAGACUUCCUGGUGGAACUACCAACCAAAGCCAUAACUAACAAAGAGUCUAACUCAACUUGGCUCCUUCACGUUGAUGGAUCGUCUUCUAAACAAGGAUCUGGUAUCAGCAUCCGCCUGACAUCGCCGACCGGAGAGAUCCUCGAACAAUCAUUUAGAUUGGAGUUCCACUCAUCAAAUAACGAGGCAGAAUAUGAGGUCCUUAUUGCGGGAUCACGAUUAGCCCACGGUUUGAAAAUACGAAACAUCCAUGCUUACUGCGACUCUCAACUAGUCGCAAGCAAGUAUAGCGGAGAGUACGAAUCCAGGGAUGAAAGGAUGGAAGCAUACCUCAAACUAGUCCAGAAUUUGUCCCAAGACUUUGAUUUCUUCGCUCUCACUAGAAUUCCUCGUUCCGAGAAUACGCAAGCGGACGCUCUCGCAGCCCUGGCCUCGAGUUCGGAUCCAGGACUUAACGGAAAAUUACCCCCCGAGAAGUGGACAGCUCGAAAAAUCCGAACCCAAGCCGCUCGUUAUGUAACGGUCGACGGAGAAAUUUACAAAUGGAAAUUCUCCAGGCCACUCAUGACGUGUCUAGAAGGGGAUAAGGCAAGAAAAGUAAUGGAAGACGUUCACUCCGGUUCCUGCGGAAAUCAUUCCGGCGGCAGGUCACUCGCCGUAAAAAUAAAAUGCCAUGGGUAUUACUGGCCAACGAUGAUCGGUGAUUGCGAAAAAUUCACACGAAAUGCGAAAAAUGCCAGAGGCCCGCUCCGACAAUUCGGCAACCUGCGGAAGAAAUCUCCUCCAUUACGUCACCGUACCCUUUCAUGCGCUGGACUAUGGAUAUCACAUGGAGUCCCGUACGAAAUAGUAACAGAUAACGGAUCCCAGUUCAUCUCUACUCGCUUUAAAGCAUUUUGUGAAAAAUGGAAGAUACGAUUAAAUAAAUCGACUCCCAGAUAUCCGCAAUGCAACAGACAAGCAGAAACAAUCAAUAAGACUGUCCUCGACGGACUUAAAAAACGUUUGGAUGAAAAGAAAGGAAGAUGGGCGGAGGAACUCGAAGGAGUCCUCUGGUCACAUCGCACGACUCCGAGGUGCGCAACGGGAGAAACGCCCUUCGCCCUCGUAUACGGGACCGAAUGCAUGAUUCCCGCAGAGGUCGAAUUUCCCGGAAUCAGUAGAAGGCUCCUACCAGAACGGGAAGAAAUCAACAACGCCAUGCUAUUGGAUAACCUCGAUCUCGUCAAUGAGCAACGAGUCCGGGCUCUGACCCGAAUUUAA